AUGGCGGCAGUGAGUACAUCGCCACGCCUUCCUUCCCCGUUCACCCACUUUGUUUUCAUCUGUCGCACCAACACCGCUAUGGAGACGGCGACACCGCCAGACACCGCUGGCAAGCGAAAGCGCACCGACUCGGAAACUCCGCUCCCACAAUCGGCACCAGCAGCGAAGGUCACCAAGACUGGCAACAACACGUCGUUGAGCAUCAACUAUCUGGCUCGUCAUUCUCAGGAAGAUCUCCCACUACUCAACAAGGACGAUCCGCUGCCGAACUUGCUCCAGCUUUUAAGUGCCUACAGCAACGUCCUUGACCGACAUGAAUCUCUCGCCUCGAAUCUUGGCGCACGCCCACUUGGUCCGAUAUUGAUCAAGCGCUUCGAGCGAUGCUUCGAUGCCCCGCCGAAAGUGGUCGCAUCCCAUCACAAAGGCGCGGCGAGUGCACCACUUGAAGGAGGACAUCAAAUUACUUGGCUCGAGGUCAUCGAGUUCGCUCGCGCCCAUCCUGGCCAGUUCACGCUCAGCACAUACUCGGAGGGCAAGAAAGUCUGUCAAUUCUACUAUCCUCAGAAGCAACUUCGAGUCCAAAUCAGCGAGGAAGAUUUCCUGUUCAUCAACAGUGGAAGAUGUCAGGAGCUCAUACCUCCACUUCCAAUAUGGGAGGACGAAGAGAAGGAAGUUGGGACAUGCGAUGUUCUCGAGGUCAAGCUCAAGGAGCUCACGAACAUCGCGGACAUGGUCGCCGCACGGACAAGGCAGCUUAGCCACAGGCUGAAGGGACGAAGGGCUGCGAUCCUGGAACGCCGAGCAGAAGGAGGCAGCGGUACACCAGCCAAAGUCGGUGUGCAGCAGACGACUACAGCUCCGGGCAGUAGUUUCGUGGCGGUGCAUACGGCAGCCGACAAGCCCAGUGGCGACGUCGACAUGAGUGUGGCAUCAUUUGCUGGCGUCAGGACGGAGUUGCUUAGACACUUCGAAGGACUACCGCAGAACCAAAAUGUUCCACCAAGGCCUCAUUCGCGUCAUCACUCCAUUGCCAUGCACCCCGAUCCACCUGAGAAUCAUCGACAUACCGAAACAAACGACAAUUUGCCAGACAGAGCAUCUAGAACAUCGUCACUCUCUCCCGUGCCUGCGACUCUUGCGAACGAUCCAUUGAGCUACUACAUAUCCGAGAGCACUCCGGCGCACGGCACUCAAGCCACGGUUCACACCGGAAGCAGACCUAGUAUCAGUGGCCACGGCUACAGCAACCCAUCAAAGCACAACUUCAGCCGUCCUUUGCCACCAGCUUUGGAAAGCUCGCAGCCUUUCCGGCCAUUAUGUCAAGCUCAUAUGGACAGCUUGCCACGAGGACACCGAGUCAUCCCUCCUUGUGACCGUUGCAGACGUCUUCGUAUGGACUGUGUCAAGAACCUCACUUCCUGCGCUGGCUGCACGAAGAAGCACGCCCGUUGCCACUGGCGGGAUGUCACUCGCGAGGAGCUUGGGGAUCUGGAUCACUUGAUUGACUCGGCUGAACCCGAUCUUGGUGCACAUGGUGUGGCUCCCAGCUAUGCGAAUGGCGAUCAUGGUGUCUACUCUGGCUCGGAGGACAGCGAUGACGACGACAGUAAUCCGCUGGAGGAUCUUGAGGCACUUGGCGAGAAGGAGGAUCAGCAGGAGAAGGAUGACGAGGAGGGUUUACGCAAUGCUCGGGAGUUGUCACGUCAGGGCAGGGAAGAUGGUAUCAGGUCUACUGCCCUUUCUGGUCAGCACACUACGCUGGAGGCUGGUACGUCGUGGGCGCAUCCAACGAAGGAGAUCACACUCGAAGAGAAAGCGCCGCAAGUCGACAAGCAACCGAUGAGCGAAAUGAAUGUCCUGGCUGCGACAGAUGCGAGCAACCCGGCUGCCACCGCAGCUCAAGCUAGUCAGAUUUCCGUUGAAGUAGAACCUCCAGCUGCCGAACGUCCCGAGGCUCGAUCAGGCCCUGAUGCUAUCAAUGCAAGUCUUCCCGUCAGCUCCUUUAUGCCGCUACCUGAGCAGCCUACCAUGCCUUCCUAUGGUGGCUUUCAUGCCGUGAACGGUACUACUGCAGAUGCUUCUUGGAGGACCGCCUGA